CUUAAUCUUUCCUCUCUCUCUCUCUACAAACCCCAUCGCUCUCGGCUCUGAUAAAACAAAGGGCCUCUCUCUCUCUCUUCCUUAAUCUCUGUGAAAAAACAAACCCAAUCCCUGUUCUUCGAGGGCAGAGCGGGCAACCAUGGAGAGGCUUAUCUCCACCUCUCACUCUCCCAUGCCCACCUCCCUCAAGACCAGAGCUCUCCCCAUUCAAAACCUCCUCUCUUUCACUACUACUUCCCGCCACAUUGGAAGCUUCCCUUCUCUCUCUACCAUUAACUCAUUUUCUCUCACUUCCUUCUCUCUCUCCCCUUCAAAUGUUCAGAACCGAGAACAACCUCCAUUUUCUCCCCUUGGAUUACGUCUCCAGAGCUCUCAUCACCGCUGCUGUGCCUCUCAUUCUCAGUCUUCGGCGAGUCCUGUGGGGUUCAAAUUGCAAGAGGAAGCGGCCUCGACGACGCAGAGCAGAAAAGAUGCAGGAGGAGGUGGGGUGGCCUUAUUUUUGAAGAAGGCAGUUCCUGCUGGGGCUGUUAUUUUGCUGUCAGCACUUAUCAUGAUACUGACACAGCCAGCUGUAGCACCCCCAGCCUUUGCAUCUGUCCAAACAGCUGCUGCCAAGGCAGGCGGUUUUGCCGCCGUAAGGACCGAACUACUGAGCAGUGCGUGGACAGGCUUCUUUGCGGGGUGCUUGCACACACUAUCAGGUCCCGACCACCUUGCUGCCUUGGCUCCCCUCUCUAUUGGUCGGACCCGAAUGGAGAGUGCAGCUGUUGGGGCCCUGUGGGGCUGUGGCCAUGAUGCAGGGCAAGUGAUAUUUGGAUUGCUCUUCUUGCUACUCAAGGAUCGGCUCCACAUAGAAGUCAUACGCACAUGGGGCACGAGAGUCGUCGGCCUUACUCUCCUUGUCAUUGGUUUGAUGGGUAUCAGAGAGGCCUCGGAGGUGCCUGCUCCUUGUGUCGCAUUAGAGAACGGUGAAUGUGAUGUGAGUCUCAUUGAAUCAAUGGAAACAACAGCUCCCGCCCCUGUCGGUGGCAAGAAGAAGAUUGGAUUGGCUACUUUUGCAACGGGGAUAGUGCAUGGGUUGCAGCCAGAUGCCCUGAUGAUGGUAUUGCCUGCCUUGGCUUUGCCCUCACGAGUGGCUGGUGCUGCUUUUCUGGGGAUGUUCUUACUUGGAACGGUAGUUGCAAUGGGGAGCUAUACCGUUUUUAUAGGUUCUUGUAGUCAGGCUUUGAAAGAAAGGGUCCCAAGGAUAACUGAGAAAUUGACUUGGGCAGCAUCCUUUGUGGCAAUGGCACUUGGGGUUGCCAUUCUCAUUAGCCAGUUCUUCGGUUUCAGCCUAUAUUGAUCAUCUUCACCUUCAACUUUGAUGUGUCAUCAGAUGGAGAGGCUCAUUUUGAGAAUGAUGGAUUAGUGUGCAGUGAAAAUCAUUUGUCAGUCCAUCCUUCAUGAGGCAGCCAUCUUCAUUUGUCAGUCCAACCUUCAUGAGGCAGCCUAUAUUGAUUAUCUUCACAAGAAAUCGAUUACACAGGAUCCUCUCUGUUUUAAACAGGCAGUAGUGAGUUUUCUUUUCUAUAGUCUUGUUUUAUCCUAGCCCCCCAUUUCCUGUCUUUUAUCUGAUGGUGUAAGUCAAUCCGCAAAAGGCUGCUUAGUUUCUUUUUUUUUCAUUCGCAGGCUGGUUGAUGCAUCUGCCUGCCUAUCUAAUCUAAUGGAUAUUUUUUUCUUCGAUUCCCUCAGUCAGUUUUUCAAGAAUUUGCUGAGUUUCUUAGUUAUAUAUUUUGCUUGAAUUAC